AUCGCCGAUGUCCCUGGCGCGGGCAAGGGCGUGCUCGCCGUGCGCGACCUCGCGCUCGGCGAGCUCAUCGUAAAGGAGCGCCCGCUGCUGCUCGUGCCCCGCGAGAUCCUCUACUCCCGCGCCCCCGGCGCCACCCACCCGGACGCGCCGCUGCGUAUGCUCGUCGACCAGACGAUGCCGCCGGACGACCGCGCGCUCUUCCUGGGGCUCCAUCACUGCAAGUCCGCAGACCCCGCGGACUACAGGGACAUCGUCGACACCAACUCGCUCCCCGUCCCGAGCCUGCCCGGCCACGCGCUCGAGCACCACGCCGUCUGCGCCGCCGCCUCGCGCAUCAACCACAGCUGCUCCCCCAACGCAACCCACUUCUGGGACCUCGAGUCUUUCUCCUUCGAGUUCCGCGCGAUCCGGCCGAUCCGCAAGGGCGAGCAGGUCACCAUCUCCUACCUCAACACCCGCCUCCUCCCGCGGCGCGCGCGCCAGCAGGCGCUCGCGGACAAGUACGCCUUCCGCUGCGCCUGCCCCGCAUGCAGCCUCCCCACCGCCGACGCAGCGGCCAGCGACGCGCGC